AUGGUAUCAUGUCUUGGUAAUGCGAAAGGCGAAAAUCCUGGUGGUUUUGCAUUAAUAGAUCAAAGUUUUAAUGUUAUCGGUCGUUGGGGUCUGCAUGAGAAUGGUAGUGAUGAUACAAAGGAUACUCACCCAGUAAAGAAUUUUUACGAUUUCUGGUAUCAACCUCGUCAUAAUAUCAUGGUGUCGAGUGAAUGGGCAGCACCAAAUACAUUUGGUGGAGGAUUCAACCUCAUUGACGUUGCUGCUGAUCGAUAUGGUCAUUAUCUUCAUUUCUGGAACUGGAAGGAGCGAACACAUCUGAAGUCAAUUGAUUUAGGAAAAAUAAAUGGAUCAGUGCCACUUGAAUUACGUUUUCUUCAUGAUCCCGAUGUUCCAUGUGGUUAUGUUGCAGCUGCUCUGUCCGGAUGUGUACAUCGUUUCUAUAAAUAUGAAGAAGAAUGGAAGAGUGAUGUAGUCAUAUCUAUUAGUGCAAUUGAAGGUAUUCUAGAAGGUGCAAAUCCAACACCAGCUAUGAUCACAGAUAUGUUAAUUUCACUCGAUGAUCGUUUUCUUUAUUUAACAUGUUGGUUUCAUGGUGAUGUUCGUCAGUAUUAUAUCGGUGAUAGAACGCAGAAGCCACGACUAUGUAGUCAGAUAUGGUUGGGUGGUCUUCUGAAAAGGAAUUCAGAUUUUAAAUCAGACCAAUAUACAUCUCAGUUGACUGGUGGUCCACAGAUGAUUCAGUUAAGUUUGGAUGGUAAACGUUUGUAUGUGACAAAUUCUCUCUAUACAGACUGGGAUGACCAAUUUUACCCGGAUAUUAAAAAACAUGGAUCGUAUUUGGCAAAGAUCAAUUGUAAAACGGAUACGAACGAAGGUGGAAUGGAACUAGAUCAGAACUUUUUCUUAAAUUUUGGAAACGAACCGAAUGGACCAGCACGUGCACAUGAAAUACGUUAUCCAGGUGGUGAUUGUACAUCAGAUAUUUGGAUUUGA